AUGCCCGUCAAAUACGCCUUGCGGGACGCAUUCGGAGUUCGAGACUUGUGGGAGGACACCUUGAUGACUCUGCGUGGUGAUAAUUACGAAUACCGACUCUUUGAUUCGGGUGACAAUAUCGUUCCCCACGAAGAGUCGGGAUCGCGGGUGAAACGAGUGAUGGAUGGCAUGAGAUAUGAGCGGGGUGGGAAGGCCAAGUAUUGGAUUCCCAAGCCCGGCGAGGUCAAUAGCCGUACACCGUUGCUGGGUGGAGGAUCGCAGGAUCACCGAGGUAGACGCCCAAGUCAACCUUCGCGAGAGAGGUUCCGCUCCUACAGUGACAUAGAGGAGGUCACCAUGGAUGAUGAAGAUGAACGACUCUUCAUCAACGCCCGCGCACUCGAGUUUGGAGACUGGAAUUAUCCAGUAAUUACCGCCAACGAGGUGCCCAGAGAUCAACGUUUACAGCCCGCGAGGCGAUAUCAGGAUUCAAACCGAGGGUCCGAUGUCAAAAAGGCCCGCAGGCAUAAGAAAAGCCGGGCGGCAGAUAGUGGAAACAGGAGAACGUCUACGCCAAGCUCCAAUCCACCUAGACCCGACCCUAGCUCGCCGACACCCGGUUCCUUGCAGCGAAAUCCUAGCUCCACGAGCUCCAGCGGCACACGACGCAGCCAGCUAGUGGACCUUGUGGUGGAGAACACGGAGGCUGAAGAAGAAGACCGGGCUCAAAUUCAGAGAACUUAUGGUUCUGCUCAUGCAGAGCCCGAGCCCCGGCGAUUUUCGUAUGUUGAGCCACGGGAAAAGAUCUUCAAAUGA